AUGGGAGGCGAGGUGUCGAAGAACACUAAGGACACUAGUUAUACGAUUCAUCCUGAGCACGAACUCACACUGAUGGAGCCACGAGACCCUUUCUAUUGCACCGCAUGCAAGGAGACCGGCUUCAGCACCGGCUACGGGUGCUCUAAAUGUGUUGUUCGAGUCCAUCAAGAAUGCAAGUCCCCUUCUCCGGAAUCGUCUCUACGACUUAAACGGAAAAAGCACUCCUUAAAAUUUUACCCUGAUAUGAAUGCCGAAAAUGGAAAACCCAGAUUUUGUGCUGUGUGCUCCCAACCAGUUAGAGGUUGUGGGUACAGGUCGAGUUCGGGGAAGAAUUGCCACCCAUCGUGCCUGACUCUUCCGAAAUCCAUCAUGGUCAACAGUGCAGAACUUCGUCUGGCAAAUAAGAUGAUGUUGGACUGCAAAUGGUGCGGCGUGAUGAAGCGUUACAUCGGCAAAGUCAAGAUCCGGAGCUGGUCGUACGCCAGAGAAAAUUGCGAGUAUCAUGUGGGCUGUGUGAAGGACAUGGUGAUUGAGAGCUGGAGGAAUGGCGAGUUCGUUCCUGCGAAGGAAGGCGAUGGUGCGGGUCAAAUGCAUAUUAAAGUGGACCUUUCUUCUAGGGGGAUAUCAGGAAACUUGGGCAGCAAAUUGUUGGAAUUGGCUCGUAAAGGAACAAUGGCCGCAAUGACCGGAGACCCGACUGAUCUGCUAGGUUAGGGGCAAUACCCUUGAUCAAACAGAUCCAAAGAGAAGACAAAUGUUCUGGGCUUACAG